AUGUGCAUCAUGGCUUGCAACCGAUCCAAUGAGAUCACCAAUCUCUCCAUGGACCAGGGGACCUACCUCAGCCAACAGCUGAGUCCCCAGUCUCGACCCGCCGACUUCUUUGAUAAAGGCCCCGACCCCCUCGCUGCCAACUGGAGCUAUGACAACGCCAUCGAUCUGUUCUCUCUCAACCCUGCCGACAUCGAGCCCGUUUCAUUUGACUUCGCCGACAGCCUCACCAACCUUGAGUCGAAGGAUCUCUUCAACGACCCCUUCAGUAGCUCUGGUAUCAGCGGAUAUACCAUGCCCAUGGCUGAGGAUGCCAAUUCACUCUCAUCGGAGUUCGACAGUGACGAUCAGACAUGGCAAUCCACCGCCGCACGUCAAUCAAUCGACUCUAAUGUGUUUGAUACUCAGUCAACCAAUCACCCUUCCACCUAUCCCUCUUCUCAGCCUGAAGCACAGACCCAGACCCGAUCAUCAACACGAUGGUCAUCAAGCCCAGAGAUGAAGGAAGAAGAGAUCGCUACCCCCCAACCCAUCAAAUCCACCUCCACAUCCCGCAAGACCCGCAGUUUCUCCCGAGACUCAAAUCGCUCCUCAACGGGCAGCCAAGACCCCCAAACGCGGAACGCCGCCAAGCGUGCCGCCCACAACAUCAUCGAGAAACGUUACCGCACCAACAUGAAUGCCAAAUUCGUUUCCCUCGAGCAAGCUAUCUCUCCUUCCGGCGUUCAAAAACACGCCAAGCUGGGCGCGGGUUCGCUCAAGAAGUCCGAAAUCCUCACCAACGCCCUGACCUACAUCGAUGGUAUUCAGCAAGAGAACCAGGCCCUCCACAAGGAGCUUGCCCUCCUCAAACAAAACUUGCUACCGGGCGGCAUCUGGCGCCACAACAAAAAUACCCGCCUUUGA